AUGUGGGGUUUAGUGGCACAAGGUCCAAAAAUGGACAUACUGCGCCAAACACACGGUUUUACAACUGGAGAAGACAUUGCAUCACUAAUAACGGAUGUCCUAUUGAGACUUCAACUUCCCUUAGAAGGAUUGAGAGGGCAAACCUAUGACGGAGCAGCAAAUAUGAACGGAAAUAAAAAAGGUGUCCAAAGCAUCUUAAUCGCAAAACAACCUCUUGCUGAUUAUAUUCACUGCGGUGCCCAUUGUUGCAAUCUAAUUAUGAAAAAUGUUUGUGAUUCUUCCAAAGAAGUGAGAAACUCCUUGGAUUACUUACAUCAGUUGGGAAAUUUAUUCUCAAAUGCUAAGGUAAAAUCUAUCUUUACAUAUAUUCAAGAAGAUUUGGCGCAAUGUCCUGUAAUCAAUGCCGGGAGAAUAAAGCCAUUGUGCCCUACGCGAUGGAUUUACAGGCAUUCUCAAAUCAACGAAGCUCUUAAAAAGUAUGACAUAAUUUUGAAAACCUUGGAAGAGCUGACAUCGAAAAAUUAUGAUGGGGCAAGUGGCCUACUGAACACUUUCCUAAAUGGAACGACAUAUUUAGGACUGAUAAUGGGGAAAAAAAUAAUCGAAAUGCUGGAGACAAUCAAUAAAUUAUUUCAAGGUAAAAAAAACACUUUGUCGGGUUUAUGUAAAUCUAUUGAAGUCAUGAUUCAAGGAUUGUCGGAUCUGAGAUCUGAAGAAAAUUUUUCAAAAGUUUUUGAGGAAUGUUCAGCAGCAAUUCAACAAAAUGAUCUGGAAGAAUUAUCACUUCCAAGGCAAAAAAAACCACCUAAGAGAUAUAGUGGACCUGCUCCUUCACACGGAUAUAAUUCGUGCGAAGAAUAUUAUCGCCAGCAAUUUUAUCACAUGGUUGAUACAGCGAUAAGUGGGUUAAAAAGUCGUAUUUUAGAUCAACCAGGUGUAAAAAAACAAAUUUUGUUGGAAAAUGUUCUGCUUAAGUUCGAAAAAUCGGAAAGUUUAAAUUGUUAUCCAGAAAUUGACGUAGAUGCCUUAAAAAUUGAGCUCCAACUUUUCCAUAAAAACUUUAAAGUCAAUUGCUUAGAUGAUGCGAGAAAAGCACUCUCUUCAACAAUCAAAGAAGUUAGAUGUUUAUUUAAAAGUGUUGAAAAUUUGGGUGAUUCAGUAGGAGUAGUCAUAUCAAAUGAAGAUGUUCAUCUGGACACUCUCAUGCCCACCACCGAGCCCAACAAGGGGAACAGAAACACUGGCUCUGAAUACAUCAGCCUCAGCAUUCUGCUCAGAGUAGCUCCAGAUAUAGCACUACACCAAAGGAGCGUGGAUCCGCCAAAGCUAUCAGAGCUCAGGGGCACUCCCCUGAUGCAGUACUAG